CUCAAUGUUUGGUUCAACAUCUCUCAUAACAGGUACUCUCUUUGCUUUUGAUUUUUUGUUAUUAUUUAAGUGUGAGAAAUCCUUAAAGAAACCAUCACUGCUGAUGGCCUAAGGUGAUUAUGCCAACACCGAAAGUAUUUCCGGACGGAUUAAUCUUGCAGACAGCAUUUGAAAUACUAGGUUCUCUUGUAAGAGAAUAUUGAUAUUACCAUUCAGAUCGUCUUUUAAUAUUUAUCUUUCAUCUUCAUUCUUUUGACAAUAUAGUACGGCUAAAAAGAUUGUCCACUUGUCUUGGAUACAAGCAGUAAUUUUUAAGCUUACCAUAAACCAUUACAUUUCUGGUUAAGGAUGACGAUCAAGUUCUUGAACACAAAUGCCACAAGACCAGCUACUACUGUCUGCUGGAUUCCUCAUAAUCAAAAGUUAAAAAAAAAAACCUUCAUCUUUGUAUUCCUUGAUUCCUACAUGAUUAACUUAAAACAAGACAACAAAAUCACAGUACAAAGCUUCGAAGGCAGGGAAUAGUAAAAUACUAUAAACAGCCAUCUCUUGUUUAAUUCGAAGAGUUCUAUCUCUCUCCAUUACUGCCCCAUACAACCAAACUAUGACUUUUUUCCUUCUAGCAAGAUAAAAACAUUAUUUGAUGAUAAUAUAAGACUAAGCUACUCUUUUCUAUUUUAUAAGUUUUAACCAGCUUUUCUUCAAACAAGUCGUCCAAGUUAAAAAUUUAAAAUAAGAUUUAAAAUAUUUUAAAACUAAAAUUAGGCAUAAUUAUUUAAAUAUUACAACAACACUAAUAGUCUGGUGAAUUAUUCCGGAACCUCCAAAACCUUCAAAAUAUUUUCGAAACAAAGUUUGUGUAACCGAAGAUAGAUCAUUACAUAAAUAAUUUUAUGGAACAAUGUAGUAUUUUACAUGCAGUAUUUUGAUUAUGUAUUUUGAUUUAUAAUUUUAUAUUUUAGUGUAGGAUCUUAUUAAUUAAUAUUUUAGAGUAUUUUUAUAUAUUCUCUAGUUAUUUAUAAGUUUUUAAUGGAUUUACAUUAAUUAUGAUAUGUGAAAUAUAAAUAAUUUUGAAGUUACGUUUAAAAUUUUGUUUUUGGAGAAGAACAUCUUGAAACUUUAAAUAUAAAAUUUUGUAAACUUCAAAGUAUAUAGUAUUUUUGGAGAUGCUCUAAGAAAUUAAUAUAUAAUACUUGAAGAUGUCAUUUCAUAAAAAUAGAUUAUAGAUAAUUACUCUACAAUAGCAUUAAAAAGUUUUAAUCACAAAAAUAGAUUUGAAAAGUCAAAAUAACCAAAAUAAUUUCAUUAAAAAUAUAAAUACAUCUUUGCCAUAGGCUUAAAUAAUCUAGAUUUAGGAUUUAGAUUUGGAGAGCUUAGAAUUUUUUUUUUAAAUAUAAAAUUCAAAAUACUAAUUUUAACAAUAUUUUUAAAAACAAUUUUUGGAUUUCAAAUUUAUAAAAAAAAUUGAAGAAAAUGUUUGAAAAAAACAUUCUUAAAAAAAAAGUUUCGUAUAUUGAAUAAUAUUAUUUUGAAAUUAAAAAUAAUUAUUUCUUUUAUUUUAUUUGUCAUUUAAAUAUUUAUUUAUAUUUCUAAAUCUAUAGAAUAGGGAUAGAAUAUUUAUUUAUUUUACCAAAAAUAUAUAUUUUAGAUCAUUUUGGAGAUUUUUCUUGAAAUAUACCGAAUAACAGGAAUCUGCAUGAUAAAAGACAGAUAUUGCACUAUAUAUGAAGUAGUGUAAAUUAAAUCGUUUAAAAAUAUUUAUUCAAGAAACCUAAAAAAAAACACAGUUGGAAAUCAUAAAAAAGCUGUUCAACCUUCACAGGAAAUGUUUUGUCACAACUCCAAUAAAAAGUUUUAAUUUUUCUUCAGUCAAAAGAACAUUUCGAUUGUAAGCCGACAAAAAUCUCAGAGGCUUUUUGACGACAUCAGUCCCAUCCUCAUCUGUUCGUGUUCAAACGUCCGAUUCCAAAAGUGACGAGAGAAAGGGAAAAAGUAAAAGUAAUAUUAUCAUGACUAAAUUGCACUACAUAUCAUAUUAUCAAGUUUAACCAAAACAAACAAGUAUGGUAAUAACACUUUUUUUAAAAUGGCACAAGAAUUUACGCUAUACAUUACGUUCAUAUUUUAAACAUCUUUCCCCAAUACUAAUAAAGAAAUAUAUUUUGAUUACAGUUAAAAAAAAUAUUAUAUUUUUUUAAUGCAGUAUUAGCAACUAUUUUACAGUAUUGGGGUCUGUAUUGCAAAUAUUUAUAUCCUCUUCUCAAGUUAGAGACAGUUACUACCUCAUGCUGUCAUUCAAAUAUCUAUUUUAAAUAUAAUUUAAAUGCAAAUUUAUUUGGUUUUCAAAAUAGUUUAAUGAUUACUUUCGAAUAUUAUGUAUCUAUAAAAUAGCAAAAUGAAUGUUUUCCAGUAGCUUUUUAUAACUAAUUUGGUUCACUAGAAUAGCUAAUGUUCUUGCUGGUAAAUUUAUUGUUAAGAAAAACUAUUAAAACAAUAUGAUAACACUCCAAAAUUGCGUUAUGAGAACGUAUAAAACAAUCAAUGUAACUUGUCUAGCUCAUAUCUCAAAAAUAAACAUAAAAAUAAAAAAAGUUCAAAUGUCUAAGAAAAUUCUGGUUAACUUAAUUUUACUUUUAUUUUAUUUUAAAUAAAAAACACUAACAUUGAAAAUUAGCCAUAAUUUGAAGUGCGAAUGUGGUCGACACCUUUUUUGUUUCUUUCUAUUUUAAAGUAAUAUUAUCAUAAACUACAUAUCAUAUUAUCAAUUUAACCAAAACAAACAAGUAUGAUCCAAAUCUUAAAUGGCACAAGAAAUUUACGCUAUACAUUACGUUCAUAUUUUAAUUUAAACACCUUUCCCCAAUAAUAGCUAAUAAAGAAAAAUAUUUUGAUUACAUAUGGUUUUGUUAUACUUUUUCAAUGCAGUAUUAUUUUGAUUACAUAUGGGUUUUGUUAUACUUUUUCAUAGUAUUGGAGUUUGUAUUGCAAACAUUUACACCCUCUUCUCAAGUUAGAAACAGUUACUGCUUCAUGCUGCAAUUAUUAUUUUCAUUCAAAUUUUUAUUUUCAAAUAUAAUUUAAACUAAAAUUGAUCCGCGCAUCCGCAUGGUUAUUGAUUCUUACAUUAUUAUAUACUUCCUAUGUUUCAAUAUAGUUGAUGUUUUAGGUGAUUAUUAUUAUUUCAUAAUAGAUGAUAUUUUCACAUAUUUAGAUAAUUUUAACUUUAUCAAAAACUAUGUAACCAAUUGUGUUUUUACUAUGUUUAUUUAUAAUUAAAUAAAUUAGUUUUAAAUUAUAUUUUCAAUAAAAAAUUUGGAAAAAAUAAAUUUCUUAAUAUAUGUGUAAAGAGUCAAAACUUCAUCUAUUAUAAAAAUAACAAAAAUAAUAUAGAUGCAACUUUCUCUGGUUUUCAAAUAUAGUUUAAUGAUUACUUUCUAAUAUUAUUUAUGUAUAAAAUAGCAAAAUGAAUGUUUACCAGUAGCUGUUUAUAACUAAUUAGGUUCACUACCAAAGUUUUUGCCAAAAAAAAAACUAAUUAGGUUCACUGCAAUAAUGACUGUUCUUCCCGGUAAAUUAACUGUUAAGAACAAUAUGAUAACACUUCAGAAUUGCGUCAUGAGGACGUAUAAAACAAUCAACUUAACUUGUUCUUGCUCACAUCUCAAAAAUAAUAUAGUAAAACUGUCGAAGAAAUUUUAGUUAACUUAAUUUUACUUUUAGUUUAUUCUAAAUGAAAAAACAUUAACAUUGAAAAUUAGCCAUAAUUUGAAGUGCGAAUGUGGUCGACACCUUUUUUGUUACUUUCUAUUUUAAAUUUAAAGUUUGAUGUAUAUUCCCCUUUAUGUAGCCCAUCCUAGCACUUUUUAAUCUCUUUUUCAUCUAGUACAACGAAUAAUGCACAUUGCCUUUCUUAUGAAACCCUCUCUUAGAAUUAUUUUUAUAAGUAAAAUAAUAAGCAAAAAAAAAAAAAAAAAGACAAACAAGACUUUUAAUCUUUCUAAUCACAGGACAUCAUUGAAGUCCUUUAAUAUAUAGCUUUUCUGGUUUACAGCUAAGGUGAGCAAAUCACUAUCCGUAGGGGCGGGCAACACACUCAUCCAGAAGAGCAUAUAUACAUAUCCAACAGCAUCAUGUUAUAAUAGAGAUAAUCCAAAGAAACAAAAGCAAACAUGUCUACUUCUCAUCAGCAUCAUCAUCCACAUCUCAUCACCAAACUCUUAUUCUUGUUUCUCAACUUCUAUUGCCUCCAUGCAAAUGAACUCGAGCUUCUCUUAUCAUUCAAGUCCUCAAUUCAAGACCCUUCAAGGCAACUCUCUUCUUGGUCUUACUCUUCAACCAAUGAAGUGUGCCUUUGGAACGGCGUCGUUUGCAACAACUUCUCGCGUGUUGUUUCUCUCGACCUCUCCGGCAAGAACAUCUCUAGCCAAAUCCUCACUUCCACUAUAUUCCGGCUACCUUUUCUACAAACCAUUAACCUCUCCAAUAACAAUUUUUCCGGUCCAAUCCCUCAUGACAUCUUCACCAUUUCGUCUCCUUCUCUUCGUUACAUCAACCUAAGCAACAACAACUUGUCUGGUUCCAUCCCUCGAGGCUUUCUUCCAAAUCUCUACACGUUAGAUCUUUCAAACAAUAUGUUUUCAUGUGAAAUCUACGAGGACAUCGGACUUUUCUCUAACCUUAAAGUCCUAGAUGUCGGGGGAAACGUCUUAACCGGCCAUGUACCGGCCUGUUUCGGAAACCUCUCAAGGAUAGAGUUCCUAACACUGGCUUCAAACCAGUUAACCGGGGGUAUACCAACUGAACUAGGGAUGAUGAAAAACUUGAAGUGGUUAUACUUGGGAUACAACAAUCUUUCUGGUGAAAUUCCUUACCAACUCGGUGAGUUAUCCUCUCUCAAGCAUCUUGAUCUUGUCUACAACAAUCUCUCUGGACCCAUACCUCCUUCACUGGGAGACUUAAAGGAGCUUGCGUACAUGUUUCUCUACCAAAACAAGCUAUCCGGUCAGAUUCCACCGUCCAUCUUCUCCCUCAAGAACCUCAGAUCUCUUGACUUUAGCGAUAACUCGCUCUCUGGAGAGAUCCCUGAACUCGUGUCUCAGUUGCAAAGCCUGGAGAUUCUCCAUCUUUUCUCUAAUAACUUAUCAGGAAAGAUUCCGGAAGGACUAACUUCCUUGCCACGUCUACAAGUUCUUCAGCUCUGGUCCAACAAGUUCUCUGGCGAAAUUCCCGCUAGUCUUGGGAAACAUAACAACCUCACUGUUCUUGAUCUUUCUACCAACAAUCUCACUGGAAAACUCCCCGACACUCUCUGUGACUCUGGCAACCUCACCAAGCUCAUCCUCUUCUCUAACUCCCUCCACCACGUUAUCCCGCCGAGUUUAAGCGAGUGCCAGAGCUUAGAGCGAGUGAGGCUUCAAAACAAUAAAUUUUCAGGCGAGUUACCUAGAGGGUUCAAUGAGUUGCAGCUCGUUAACUUCUUGGACUUAUCAAACAACAACCUCCGAGGUAACCUCGGCACAUGGGACAUGCCACAGCUUGAGAUGUUAAAUCUCGGGAAGAACAAAUUCACUGGUGAGUUUCCGGAUGUUUCUAGAAGCAAGAGACUCAAGAAGCUUGAUCUAUCAGGUAACAGAAUAUCCGGAGUAGUUCCGGUUGAGCUCGUGACGUGCACGGAACUUAUGGAUUUGGAUAUAAGCGAUAACGAGAUCACUGGAGUGAUCCCAAGUGAAUUGUCUUCUUGCAAGAACCUAGUCAAUCUUGACAUGAGCCACAACAAUCUUACCGGGGACAUUCCUUCUAGUUUUUCAGAUUUUUCAGUUCUCAGCGAUCUUGACUUGUCUUGCAACCAAUUAUCCGGCGAGAUUCCCAAGAAUCUAGGAAACAUCGAGUCUCUUGUUCAAGUCAACAUCUCUCAUAAUCUUCUUCACGGAAGCUUACCUUCAACAGGAGCUUUUCUUGCCAUAAACGCAACAGCGGUCGCAGGUAAUAACAAUCUCUGCGGUGCAAAUAACGUUAGCGGUUUACCUCCUUGCAACGUGGUAAGAAAGACAAGUACAAAGAGUUGGUGGUUUGUCGUCAUGUUGACCUUUGUAGCUUUCUUGGCCGUCCUUGUCUCCGGUUUCUUUAUCUAUCUUGUCGUUCAAAGGAAGCACAACGUUUUAAAGGUCGAGAGAGUUGAACAAGAAGACGGUACGAGGUGGGAAAUUCAGUUCUUCGAUUCAAGAUUCAUCAAAUCGCUUACAGUAAACGCGAUUCUAUCGUCUCUCAACGAGCAAAACGUUUUUGUGGAUGAAAACGGCGCGAAGUUCGUUAUUAAGAAGGUCAACAAGUAUGAUACUCUUCCCGACAUAUCUGAAAUUAUGAAACUUCCGGAGCACAAGAACAUUAUUAAGCUAGUGGCGACGUGCCGGUCGGAAGAAGUGGCGUACUUGAUUCAUGAGAACGUCGAAGGUAAACGACUGAGCGACAUUUUGAAUUGUUUGAGUUGGGAGAGACGGAAAAACAUAAUGACCGGAAUCGCAGAAGCUCUUUGGUUCUUACAUUGCCGGUGCUCUCCACCAGUUGUUGGCUGUGAUUUAUCUCUUGAGAAUAUUGUCGUCGACGUCAAAGAUGAACCAAGACUCUUCCUCGGCCUUCCGGGUCUAGUUUGCAUGGAUACUGCCUACAUGGCUCCAGAAACGAGGGAGCACAAGGAGGUAGCAAAUAAAAGUGACAUAUAUGGUUUUGGAAUUCUCCUUCUUCAUCUCCUCACCGGUAGACGUCCCUAUGGUGAUGAGGACAUAGAAUCUGGACUCAGAGGAAGUUUGCUCAACUGGGCUAAAGAUUCAUAUUCCGACUGCCAUAUCGACACUUGGAUCGACUCAUCCAUAGAUAUGUCGGUAUAUGAGCAUCAUGAGAUUCUCCAUGUCAUGAACUUAGCUUUGCAUUGUACCCUGGUGGAUCCGCAAGAGAGGCCUUGCACCAAGAACUUGUUAAAAGCAUUAGAGCUUACAAGUUCUUCUUGCACUACUUAUUUUCCCAAGGUACUAUCAUUGACCUGACAUAUUUUGGCUUUGAUUCAUCUUCCAAGUAAUUUUAUUAGGUUUUUUUUUGGUUGUUUUGUUUCAAAUUUUUGCUCGUUAAUUUUGUUGGGUGUAAUAACCCAACAUGAAUGUAUCAUCAAGAUGGUUUUGUUUAUGCCAUCAAGAUGGUUUUGUUUAUGUUAUCUUGACUGUUUGCUGAUGUAUGUCUUUUGUUGGUCCAAAGUAUACUGAUGUAUAAGUUACAAAAAAGUCUACUGAUGUAUGUAAGCGAGUGUGUAUAUAUAUAUAUACACGGUGAAGAAUAGUUUAAACAUACAUUGUUUGCAAACAGAGAUUAUGGUUUGAACAUCUUCACAUUCUUCACAUUGUUUGCGGAAAAACAGCCGAUUAGAGUAUGAUUAAUGGAGAGUUUUUAGGGUGGAGUUUUAAGCGGAAUAUAAGAAACCGUCUCUUAAUUUUUAACUAAAAAAAACUAAAAGACAGUUUCUUAUAUUCCGUUAAGAACUCCAUACUAAAAACUCCCAUUAAUCAUGUUCUUAGUACCUGAACUAGGGUUAUAUUGUCUAAUCGAUACCUAAACUAAUUUACCUAUGCGCUAUGAUACCUAAACUAACAAAAAAAUGAAUUUAGUACCUGAACUUACAAUAAAUAUCCACGACCGACAGCGUAUCAGGUAACCGGUAGUAUUUAUCAGUGAUAUGCUGAUGUGGAAGAAAAGAUGUUGUUUCAACCAGUAUUAAAAAAACAAUCAUUUGAAACCACCUUAAAGGACAAUUCUGGAUUUACAGAGUUCUAACGCCAAAACUUACAAUAAUUACGUCCAAAUUCGUUUGAUCAAGAUGACUACCAUGAUUUUGAUGUGGCUGUGAAAAUAUUUGAAUCGAUGGGCUUUUCAAAUGACACCAAAUUUUAUUAGGCGUGCAUCAACGAAUUCAUGGAAGAUACAUUCUGGCGUAUAUAUUUUAUUGGUAGAGAAGAUAGCUUCUCUUUCCCUGUGAAAUAUUGUUGUCCGUGAACAUGGAAGAAGAGAGGUAAUUCUUUUUGAACGAGAAGAGAGAGAGCGAGUUAUCUUUUAUAAACAAUGUGGAUUAAAUAAUAGCCCUGUUCGGAACUACGUUGGGCGCUAGUCGGACGGCAAUUUCGGACCUAGCAAAUUACCAAAAAAUUGGGAAGUAUUUAGGGAUUACGCGGAACUUAGUUUUAAAUACAAUUUAAUAUAUUUAUAAUAUAUUUAGCUAAUUUUAAACAUGAUGACACAAGUUCUAGACAUAAUUAUAUAAAAUUUUUAAUAUAAUUUUAAACAGCCUUUUUUUUUAUUCGUCGAGCAUUUAGAUUAUGGUGUGUUUGGUGUGAAAAAAAUCUCUAAAUGCAGUAUGUAUGUGUUUAUUUUGGGUUUAAUAGCUAAUUAUAAUUAUUUAGUAAUGAAUAAUUACACAAAAUCAGACAAUAAUGAGUAAAAAAUAAUCAAUCUUGUUUUAAAUUUACACGGACAAGAAAAAAAGAAAAACUUAGUUCAACGCAUGAAUUAAGCGAUCAACGUGAAAAUUAAAUAGUUUUAUAUGGAUCAAUGCUUGACUACAUCAAUUUUAUAUAUAUUCUCCGUGAUUAACCUUCGAACAACGUCAAAGUGACCGCGUUUUCGAACGGGAGAUAAUAGUUGCCUAAAGUCAUAUUUUGAAAACUUAACUGUGCGUAUGUUAAC